UCCUUCAAGGACCUCAAUUUCCGGAUGUUCGACGUGGGCGGGCAGCGCUCAGAGCGCAAGAAGUGGAUCCACUGCUUCGAGGGCGUGACCUGCAUUAUCUUCAUCGCUGCGCUGAGCGCCUACGACAUGGUGCUAGUGGAGGACGACGAAGUGAACCGUAUGCACGAGAGCCUGCACCUGUUCAACAGCAUCUGCAACCACCGCUACUUCGCCACCACGUCCAUCGUGCUCUUUCUCAACAAGAAGGACGUUUUCUCCGAGAAGAUAAAGAAGGCCCACCUCAGCAUCUGUUUUCCGGACUACGACGGGCCCAACACGUAUGAGGACGCUGGCAACUACAUCAAGGUGCAGUUCCUCGAGCUCAACAUGCGGCGCGACGUGAAGGAGAUCUAUUCCCACAUGACUUGCGCCACGGACACACAGAACGUCAAGUUUGUCUUCGACGCUGUCACCGACAUCAUCAUCAAGGAGAACCUCAAAGACUGCGGCCUCUUCUGA